ACACGUGUUGCGCACUAUGGAGCAUACGUCAUAUGACAUACGAUUUGGGAAUUCAGUCUCGUUUAAUUUUACAAGUAGAUGAUGCCUCCAAAAAGGAUCUUGGAUAUUCGAUGCAAAAUUUGAAAGAGUUAAAUCUGCAAGGUUUUAAAAAUAGAUAGCCGGCUGUCAUGUGAGGGGCUGGUAAAGCAUAGCGCAGAGCACGCUCAGUGAUGUAGCGCCGGGGAUGAGCGGCUGCUAAACUCUCACUUGAAAUCUACUUCUACUCACUCUCGCUCUCACGGAUACAAUUUUUUUUCUUAUAAAAUUGUUCUAGUCAAUUGUCGAAAAUAAUUGAUUAAUAAUAAUACAAGAUUACGAGUUCUAUUAUUACCGCUGUACGUACGGAGCUUCAUGGGUGAAAUUACGCGAAUAAUUUGCAUGCUUUUGCUGAGAUUUUGGCUAACCUAUCUGCUUUCUCAAAGGGUACAUAGAUACAAGUGAGAAAAUUACAAGUGUUAGGUGUACUAUCCUGAAAAACACUAAGGAUCAAGGAUCUUCGAACGUGUUGCAAUCGGCAGUUUGUAUCUUUGUUCAGGACUGAUUGUGAACAUCAGAAGUUGACAUAAGUACAUAGCAUGGUGAUUGAUGAGAAGGCGUGAACAAUUUGGGAAUCAUCCAACAAUAGAGAAACUAUACAAAAAUUGUUGAAGAUGGCUCAACGAAGCGAGAGUACAAAUUUGCUAAAGCAGGCUGCUAUCCAAAUUGGAGCCGGGGGUUCUGCAGGAUUUGUCGAAGUAUGCAUAAUGCAUCCAAUGGACUUGGUCAAAACAAGAUUUCAACUACAAGUGAAAUCCACCACAAUAGAUCCAACGUACUAUACAGGCAUAAUAGAUUGCAUGAAAAAGAUGUACGUUAGUGAAGGUCUAGGGGCUUACUGGAAAGGGAUUGUACCCCCAAUUAUUGUUGAAACACCCAAAAGAGCCGUAAAAUUUUUUACAUUUGAGCAAUACAAGCAAUUUUUCCUCUUUGGAGCCAGCAGCCCAACACCUUUGACAUUCUCCUGUGCUGGAUUUUUUGCAGGAGUUACCGAAGGUAUAUUGGUAAACCCUUUUGAAGUGAUCAAAGUGCAGUUACAGUCUAAUCGUAGAAGAGUGAAGGAAAGUCCUUCAACGUUUUUAGUCACCAAGGAAAUAAUACGAACUAAGGGUUUCGGCCUGAACGGGCUGUACAAAGGCUUGAGCGCAACUGUUUUAAGAAACGCAGUUUUCAACUCUUUUUAUUUUGGAUUUUAUCACUCAGUGAAAGGCUAUAUUCCUCUAAACAAAGAUCCAUUACUUGAAUUUUUUACUAAGGUUGGCAUAGGUUUUACUUCUGGCACUUUGGCUUCAUGCCUAAACAUACCAUUCGAUGUUGCAAAGAGCCGCAUUCAAGGACCACAGCCUCAUGCAGAUAGUAUUAAAUAUCAAGGAACGUUCAGAACUAUCGGAAUAGUUUACCGUGAAGAAGGUUUUAGAGCACUGUACAAAGGUCUGCUACCCAAAGUACUCCGUUUGGGACCAGGAGGGGCUAUAAUGCUUGUGGUUUAUGAUUACAUGCACGCUUACUUGACAGUUCGAUUUGCAUGACACUUGCGAAUUGGAAACGGAAAUUCAAGUGAUGCAUUUGAUUGGAUCAGAUUUUGUAAAAAUCUUCUGUAUUCUUAGUUAAAAAUCUAAUAAAUACCUAGAAAGUGUCAUUGAGGGUAAACAGAAGAAGAUCGUAAAUUGUGAUUAUCUUUUAAUAAACACCAUUCUACACUUA